CGCACAAAUCAUAACUAGACGCUAUUAACAAGGCAAAGUUUGGCUAAAUGUCGGUUGGCCGUUGCCUAUCCAAGCAACGAACUUCUUGAUCAUGAAGUACAAAAGCGCCAGACAUGGCCUCGCGUCCGUAGUGCAUCGCAGGCAAAGGACUCACUGCAUGACAUCAACAUGGCGCUAUUCUUCACCCAUUUUCUGUCUGUAGUUCUUUGGCUGCAUGUAUGCUUGGUCAUUGCCGUGCCACAGCAACAUGGCCCGACUGGCCUGAGCACCCUUCCAAAGGUGUCUCGGGUGAGAACAUUCAUUCUCACUGACAUCCUUAAUGAGCCGGAUGACUCAAUGUCGAUGGUCCGCUAUCUGCUGUACUCAAAUGAAUUCGACACCCGAGGUCUCGUCGCCGUGACUUCUUGGUCCUUGCGAAAUGACACCCAUCCUAGUGAAAUCAAGAAGAUCAUCAAGGCCUAUGCCAUGGUUGUUGAUAAGCUGAACCAGCAUGUUCACCCCGACAAUCAAUAUCCGAAACCUGAGGAGCUAUUGAAGCAAAUUUCAUCUGGACCUCGCUCAUAUGGACGAGCGGCCCUCAAAGAGCCCAUCAGCGACGGCGCCAAACUCCUCGUGAAGCGUCUCCAAGAGUCCAAACAACCUCUCCAUGUUAGUCUUUGGGGCGGAGCCAAUACCUUAGCUCAAGCGCUUCAGCACAUUGAAAAGACAAAGAGCAAGAAAGAAGCUGCCGACCUUCGUUCUCGACUAAGGGUUUACUCCAUCUCAGACCAGGAUGAUACCGGUGCUUACAUCCGCAUCAAAUGGCCAGAUGUCUUCUUCAUCGUCAACGUCCACGGUUACCGUGAAUAUCGUCUUGGAACAUGGACGGGUAUAUCGACUGCGGACAACGGCGCAGCCAACACAACAAAAGUUACAGACGGUUGGCUUACCCCCAACAUUCGUCUGGGCCCUCUGGGAGCAGAGUACCCUAAAAUCAUUUACACAAUGGAGGGUGAUAGUCCUAGCUUCAUGUGGACUAUCGAGAACGGUCUGAAUGUUGCUGGUCGACCGGAAUAUGGAGGCUGGGGAGGCCGAUAUACUCGCGUCACGGAGGACACAGACAUUAACGAGUAUGGCACAUCGGGGGAUGCUUUGAUCAACACCAAGGGUCAAAGCUGGUUCAGUCCUUACGCUACUAUCUGGCGCUGGCGCGAUGCGUACCAAGAUGACUUUGCUGCCCGUAUGCAGUGGACCCUGGUCGAUAGCUUUGAAGAGGGCGCUCAUCCGCCGGGUAUCAACGUCAACGGAUCGAAGGGCAGCGAGCCCCUGCGAUUCAAGGUUGGCCUAAACGAUGUGAUUGUCUUGGAUGCCAGCAAGACCGUCAAUACCGAUAGUCAAGACAAUUCUUCUGGACUGGACUUCGAAUGGUACUCUUAUAAUGAGUGCUCAUCGCCGAUGCUAACCAGUCUUGCUGCCAACUUCUUCUCCGUCGAGGCACUGACACCGCCAGCAGGAACAAACGGAACACUGUCUGUCAAUGAAGCAGGAUUCAGCAAUGUGGCGUUGGGACCAAAGGUCAGAAUCUCAACUAACUUAACUAGUUGGGAAGAAGAGCAGCCCAGCUCAGUCGAUAAGGAAUGGCAUGUGAUCCUCCAGGUCACCAACAACAAGGGGCCGUAUCCGAUCCGGAGAUACCGUCGUGUUAUUCUGGAGCUCCCUGACUCAAAGUGAA